AUGCCAGAAUCCUGGGCCGUGGUUUGUCGUCAGUGUACUCGGCUGGCGACUGAGGUCCCGGCCCAUGUGCUGGUUGUCGCUCUGUUGACGACGGGGUUGGGACUGUUUGUCCUGUUCGUUCUCGCUUUAUUCCUUGUCGCGCCCGUCCCUCGAAACCCACUACCGGAAGAAAAGAAGUACAGGACUCUCGCGCAAGAUGGCGCCGUGACAGACCCGCAACCACUCCCCUGCUGGCUGGGCGCCGCCGACACGGAGAAACAAGCGCGCCGAUCGCCAAAAGGGAAAGCUACAAUCGAGCCGCCGGAGCUGUUCAUGUCGGUCGUGGUUCCGGCCUACAACGAGGAGGAGCGGCUGGCCGGCAUGCUGGAAGAAGCGGUCAAUUAUCUCGAGCGUAUGUACGGGACGCUAGCGAGUGAGGACGGUGACGAGGCGGCGGCAGUCAACGCCGUGGAAACGCGCUCUGUGCGCAAGCGCAAACCCCCUGACUCCUCUGCGGCCAAUGGUCAUUACGCGGGCGCGGCCCUGGACCGAGGCUGGGAGAUUGUCAUUGUCUCAGAUGGCUCUACGGAUCGUACGGAGGAGGUUGCGUUUCACUUUGCGCGGGAUCACCAGCUGUCUCUGCACCCCAAGGGCUAUGCUGGUCCGUGGACGCCCCAGGUCCACGAGGGCGUGCCUAUCCCGCCUGGAACUAUUCGCGUUGUUCGGCUCACUCAUAACCGGGGCAAGGGCGGCGCUGUCACCCACGGCAUGCGCCAUGUGCGCGGUCAGUAUGUGGUGUUUGCCGAUGCGGAUGGUGCGACCAAGUUCGAUGAUCUGGGGAAACUCGUGACUGCGUGUCGGGAUAUUGAGGACGUGGAGGGCCGUGGUGUUGCGGUUGGGUCGCGAGCACACAUGGUGGGAAGUGAGGCAGUCGUAAAGCGAUCCAAGCUGCGCAACUUCCUGAUGCAUUCGUUCCAUCUAAUUCUGUGGUUGAUGACACCACCCAAAACCGCGACCGUCAAGGACACCCAGUGCGGGUUCAAGCUCUUUUCUCGCGGUGCCUUGCCCUACAUCGUGCCAUGCAUGCACUCCGAGGGCUGGAUCUUCGACGUCGAGAUGCUCAUGCUAGCCGAGUUCGCGCACAUCCCCGUGGCCGAGGUGCCCGUGGGCUGGCGCGAAGUGAAAGGGAGCAAGCUGAAUGUCCUGCGCGAUAGUAUCGGCAUGGCGUGGGGGCUGGCUGUGCUGCGAGCUGCUUGGUCAUUGGGAGUAUAUCGGCAGAGAUAG